GAGGACGUGCGAAGCCCCCCCUCGCAAAACCUUGCCUUUCCCCUCUUCUCAACCCCCACCUCAUCCAUUCCCGGUAUCUGUCCUACAGCCAACAUAAAGCGCUUGCAAAACUUCACCCCCAACCAAUCCUACCAUGAAGGUCUACGAAUACGAUAAUAGCACGGAGGAUCAACGCGAGGACCACGACUCGGGAGCCGUCGUUUCCGAAGCCGCCCUCAAUGAGAUCGGUGUGUUGGCUUACCAUUUCGACUCCGUUGAUGACGUGAACGCUCUUGCUGCUGAGCGUGGCUAUAAGAACCGUGAUGAGGUCACAAUAUCCCCGAGCGCUUUAGGUGAUAUCUACGAAGACAAAGUGAAGGCCUUUUUCCACGAGCACCUACACGAGGAUGAGGAAAUAAGAUAUAUCCUAGACGGCGAGGGCUUUUUCGAUGUUCGAUCCAAAGAUGACAGUUGGGUGAGGAUCAGGUUGUCCAAAGGUGAUUUGAUUAUCCUCCCAGCAGGAAUCUACCACAGGUUCACCACCGAUAAAAAUAACUAUAUCAAAGCGAUGCGACUAUUCCAGGAGGAUCCCAAAUGGACUCCCUUGAACCGAGAUCCUCUGGUCGACGAGAAUGCGUACCGAAAGGCGUAUAUCAACUCUCUUCCCUUAGCGUAGGAAGUGAUAUUAGUUACAAAUUAUAUACGUCAUAUCAAUAUUCUUAUCCUGAUCGUC